CGAAGGGGGUGGUGGUUGAGUGACGAAGCGGAGACACAUCUGAGGUUGAUGUCAGCUGCAUGCAUCGCCCCCCCCACUGUGUGAAACUAAGAGUGGGAUUUCCUUAAAUGUUAUGUGAUGCACAGUGACCCGCCAACACCCCCCACACAGUUUCUACAUGACAUAAACAAAUGUCUGAGUGGGAUAUUGUUAUUACAGAGUACCCCCCCCCCAAGUAGCAAGGGACUUUAUUCUAAUUUCCCCUAAAUGCCCAGUUUUUAUACCCUUUUGCUUUUCCGGAACCACACAAACUUCUGCUUCCUCAAACACUGAAUGGCUGUUGUUGAAGCUUUCACUUUCUCUACAGUAUGACUUUGUAAUGUACAGUGGAGAAUUCACGGGGAAAUUUCGCCCACGGCUGGGGGAGUUUCCAUUGCAGCAGAGGCGGAGUUACACUGACGGGUUUGAUCUGUGAGUUAGUGCUUGUGGUCAUAAGCAGCAAGUUAAUCAGGUGGCAGGCUGUUGACAGUGUUUGUACAGUAGUGUUGGCACAAUAGUUGUACUCUAAACUUUGACUUGUAUACAGACUCAAAUCAGAGUGUGACUCAACAUCCUUGUCUCUGUCGACUUUUGUUCCUUCAUCUACAACAAAGUGGUGUGGAAAUGAAGUUUAUUGAGCUGGGGGACUCCAUCAGUCGCUUCAGAUUUGCUCAGUCCUGUUUGGGCUUAGCAGGUUGCCUGUGUGUGUGCUAUGCAGUCUGCACACCGUUCUGGCUGAAUGGGAGAGGGCUGUGGACCGAGUGGAAUAAUACCACAAGUGACCUGAUGAAACCAGACCGUAAAGAUGAUAUCGUCUUCAGCGCUGAGGAAGCAGAGAGAGUGUUUGGAGUUCUUUCCAUCCUGAUGGCUGUGAGCACCGGUGCUCUGUGUCUGGUGUUUGCCCUCUGCUGGACAUCUCAGACAGUGCGUUCCUACUCCAACACUCGUUCCCUCCUCAUGGCAGGACAGGCGCUUUACCCCACCACCCUGCUGCUGCUCACCAUGGCCUCCACAGGCUUCUUCUUCCUCCUAAGCUGGUCCUUUUUCACCUAUCAGCACCGGGAGGAAAUCCGCCAGGACUUCUCCGGGCUCGGCUCCUCCUACUGGCUUGGGGCUGUAGGUUGGUUCCUGCUGUUGGUCGUGGAGAUGAUCGUCUUUAUUGCUGAACAAGCUAUUGUACCAGACAUUUUACCAGACUUAGAGAAGGCUGUGGAAUCAUGGCGGAUUUCUGCUCAACUUAACGCUGCAAAACGGUCUUUCAGUGACGGCUAUUGCCCUGUUACCCACAACAGCAGCAUGGUUCCAAAGAGGUAUAUGUCAGCACCUUGAACUGAGAAAUAACAACCUGAUAGAGAAAAUGAUUGAAUACAUGUCAGUUGAACUUGACACACACAGACUCAGGGCUUGGAUUCAGUGCUGUCAAGAGGAAUUAAGAUUCUCUGAUUGCUGAAAGUCAGUCUGACUGAGGGCUUCCACAUCCUGAAGUGCUGAUUGUGGUGGUCAUUCUGAAAUUUGUUUUUCAGUGUGGACUGAAAUAAAAUGGAAACACACUAAGGACCAGUAAUCCUGACUGGCCCCCAUAUUGAUGAUCAUAACUGUUCUCUGACAAAGGGAUAUGUAAGCUUGUGUUUGCAAAAUUUUGUGUUUUUGUUAAGUUUGUGCCUCAGCCAGGAGCAGAUUGAGGGGUGAAGGGGUUCCUGUUGAAUACAUGUGAACAAAACACUGUCAGAAAGCAUCAGUUUGAUACUUUUAACUAAAGGCUUCAGUAGCUGCUGAAGUGAUGAAUGUCAAAAUGGAUUGUGUGAGACUUCCAGCAGUAAUUCUCAUGUCAAGAAAAAUGGCAAAGGUAAAUGUGUUAUUUUUUAAGGAGAAUUGUAUUUUUUUUUAUUCCUUCCUGUGCCAAGUUCUUACUCAAAGAAUAUCCAAAUGAAACUUUGGAUUUGUGGGCUUUACUAUUUAAAAUUUGUAAGGUCGUCACUUUACUAUGUAAAGUGCUAUGGGAUGACACAUGUUGUGAAUUGGUGCUAUAUAAAUAAAAUUGAAUUGAAUUA